AUGCUUUCAUCAAUAUUGUUAUCAUUAUUGGCACUUUUAUUAUGUGUUACUUCAACACUUACUAACUGUAAGGGAGGAAACAAAAAGAAAGAUGGUCCUAAAAAAGGAAAAAUUGCUAAGAAAAUCCCAGGUAAGGGAAGUUUGGGAGCACCAAGACAGAAAUCAGUUAAAGAAGCUACCACUAAAGCACCAGAAAGUAAAAAAGAAGAACCAAAAUCUGUUAAACCAGCUGAAGAAAAAGUUGAAGAACCUAAAAAGGAAGCUUCAAAGAAAGAUGUUAAACCUGAAGAUAAAAAAACUGAAGAGAAGAAAGAAUCUGCCGAUAAGCCAGAAGACAAAAAAGAAGAUGAAAAAAAACCUGAGGAAAAGAAAGAAGGUGGUGAUAAACCUGAAGAAAAGAAGGAAGAUAAAAAAGAAGAUACUAAAAAGGAAACUUCAAAGAAAGAAGGUUCCAAAAAAGAAACUUCUAAAAAAGAUGACAAAAAAGAAGAUGCUACUAAAAAAGAUGAUACCAAAAAAGAUGAUACCAAAAAGGAAGAUGUUAAAAAGGAUGAUGAUAAGAAGGAGGAUAAAAAAGAGGAAGCUGAAAAAUCUAAAGUUGGAGAAGGUGGUGAUAAAUCAAAAGGAGAAGGAGAUAAAAAAGAGUAA